UUACUACGACUUCUACUACGACGGAGAGUCUCAAGGAAGAUUGGGUCGAUGAAUUGUCUUCUUCCAGUACUACGCCCUCUACUACGUCGGCCACUACUGAAGAAGCGACCACGUCCUCAAUAACCACAAGUACUUUGUCCUCCUCGACUACUGAGCCUACUGCAACUAUAACGACAACUGAUAGUUUCGUAGGAGUAUGGACUGAUGUACUGUCUUCUACCAGUACAACAGCAUCCAAUACAUCGACCAUCACCACGGGAGGCUCGAUUGACGAUUAUACAGAAAGCAUCGAGGAAAUCUCGUCCGAGUUGUCAUCAUCCAUUACAGUCACCACUACUGCUCCCUCGGGCACAACUGAAAGAAUGACUGCAUCGUCUGCUUAUGAAUCGGCCGGGUGGACAUCAGCAACAAAUUCCCCUGCAGCCUCGGUGAUACAUCCAACUACCGACUAUGUCGCUACCACCUCUACGACGAGGAACUUCGAUGAGAUUUGGGACGACACGUCUUCUACAACUACGACAUCGACUUCUUGGACCACCACCGACGAAAUGGAGGUCUCAACACCGACAACGACGACAAUAACCACCAUCGGCCUGGACGAGUCGUCUCUAGUGGUAGACUCCACUCCGGCCGAAAUGACGGUCUCAGAGAUGGCAUCAAUAGACGACUACACAGAGAGCGUCGAGGAAACGUCGUCUCAUGUCUCGUCAUCUACUACUGUUACUGCUCCGUGGAGCACAACUGGGGCUGCGGCAUCAUCUUCGGCCACUGAC